AACGAAAAACAAAAAGGCAGUUGCUAGCUAGCUAGCUGCUAAGGAAGCGUUUUUAUACAAGAGAAGGCAGGUGUUCUUUUUGCGUCACUUUCUGCCUGCACUGCAAUGGCGGUUAUAGCUUCAGCCAGUUCGAUUACUGUUCAAUCUCUAAAACCAUCUUCUUCUUUUGUAUCCAAUUCUUCUCAUGGUCUAAUAACAGUGUCAACAACAACAGUAUCCACUUCUCUAUCAAUCUCGAAAUCCACCUCCACCAAUCACUAUCAGCCUAGAAGGAAAUUUAUAGUCUCUGCAACUGCUGAUAGUCAUAAAGACGAUACCGUUCUCUCUAGUAAUGGCUCUGUUCCUGCUGCUGCCACCUUAUCAAAGGUUAGGAGGCAUACGAUUUCUGUCUUUGUUGGGGAUGAAAGUGGUAUGAUUAAUAGGAUUGCUGGCGUUUUUGCAAGGAGAGGGUAUAACAUUGAGUCUCUUGCUGUUGGUUUAAACAAGGACAAGGCUCUUUUUACCAUUGUUGUUUCUGGAACUGAAAGGGUGCUACAACAAGUUGUUGAGCAGCUUCAGAAACUAGUCAAUGUUAUGAAGGUUGAAGAUCUCUCCAGUGAGCCACAAGUAGAACGCGAGCUGAUGCUUAUAAAAGUGAAUGCAGAUCCUAGUUACCGUGCUGAGAUUAUGUGGUUGGUGGGCAUUUUCAGAGCAAAAAUUGUGGAUAUCUCAGAACACUCUUUAACAAUUGAGGUAACUGGAGAUCCAGGAAAGAUGGUUGCUGUUCAGAGAAACCUAAGCAAGUUUGGAAUCAGAGAAAUUGCAAGAACUGGAAAGAUUGCACUGAGAAGGGAAAAAAUGGGUGAAUGUGCUCCCUUUUGGCGAUUUUCUGCUGCUUCAUAUCCUGAUCUUGGAGAAAUAAGAUCUGAAGAUGCUCUUUUGGGGUCGAAAAGCAGAGCUGUCUUAGGUGAUGAUGAAACAUCAGCAGGGGGUGAUGUUUAUCCAGUGGAGACAUCUGAUAGCUUUAUGCUCACUCAAGUUCUUGAUGCUCAUUGGGGUGUUCUCAAUGAGGAAGAUACAACUGGACUUAGAUCUCAUACUUUAUCUAUGCUUGUAAAUGACUCUCCUGGAGUUCUUAACAUCGUUACUGGGAUAUUUGCUCGAAGGGGCUAUAACGUUCAGAGUUUGGCUGUUGGGCACUCAGAAACUGAGGGCCUCUCUCGAAUUACAACAGUUGUGCCUGGUACAGAUGAAUCAAUUAGCAAGUUGGUGCAGCAACUUUAUAAGCUAAUAGACCUUCAUGAGGUUCGGGAUCUUACCCAUUUGCCAUUUGCUGAAAGAGAAUUGAUGUUGAUAAAGAUUGCUGUGAAUGCUGCUGCUCGACGUGAUGUCCUUGAUAUUGCUAGUAUUUUUAGGGCCAAGGCUGUUGAUGUAUCUGACCACACAAUAACUCUUGAGCUUACUGGAGAUUUGGACAAAAUGGUUGCACUGCAGAGGUUGUUGGAGCCAUAUGGUAUUUGUGAGGUGGCAAGAACAGGGCGAAUAGCAUUGGUGCGCGAGUCUGGUGUAGAUUCUAAGUACCUCAGGGGAUAUUCUUUUCCUAUAUAAUGGGACAUUGUGAGGCUUUUCUGGGGGAUGCAAAUCUUUUUCUGAUACGACGCAUACUAUGCCGUGCUUAUAUGGAAAGGGUGUAAAUGUUAUCAUGGCCAAGGACUUUACCUUAAAAAGUGGUAGUUUGUGAGUCUUCAAUGAUAAAUUACUAUGGAGUUCUCAAAUUUUUGUUGGGUUAAUAGAACAUUCUGUCUUUCCUGAGUGAAGUUACAGAAAUUGGCUUGGCUUUACAA